AGCGAGAGGGCGAUGAACUAUCCCAUACAUAUAUCAUCGGACCCUUACCCCAUCAGUACUUGUACUCCUACGGGAACCCCCAUUGAGUGCUUUUGUUGUACUCUCCUCUCUUUUAUUGACCAUUCCAUACAAACAAAGCAACGUCUAAUUCUUUUUUGUUUCUCUGGUAUUAUCUUCGUACACAAAAUCGGCGGGCGUGUGUGUACGUCAGAAAAAGCUUCAGGCUGAAGCUGAGAUCCCACACCCCCAACGCAGCCCUUUAAGCUGUGCUGUGCCACAUCCUUCCUCCCUCGCUCUCUCGCUCCCUCUCCCUCUUUCUCUCUCUCCUCCGUCCUCCGUCCUCCGUCACUUUCGCCUCCCCCGCCCUCCAAUGAUUUAUCCCGCCAUUAACUACCUAUACCUGUACCCUUAAACAAGAACAACAACAAUAAAUACAAUAACGUCACUCAACCUCAUUGACAACAACUCAACCACGAUCAUGGCCUUGAGCGCACCAGUGGCUGCUCCCUUCGACCCGUCGCAGCGGACCUCUCCACCUGUCUUGCUAUCCAAAACAUGUCAGAACUGCUUCUCUCUUAAGAUCCGUUGUGAUCGGACUCAAAGAACAGACAUAUGUGACAGAUGCGCUCGACUGGGUAAACACUGUGUCUUCCGACCUGCACGAAGAAGAGACAAUUCCGCAAAGCGCGAUUCGCGCAUCCAAGCCCUCGAACAGCAGGUCCAAGAUCUUCUCCGAACACAACCCGGCUCCAUUAUCCAACAAACUAUUCCAGAGGGUGCUCCUUCCUCCGCGUCAAUCGUAUCUUCUACCCCUUCUUCCAUCGAUGCACCCCCGAACGGCGAUGUCAUCGACCAUGACAUCCUCACAUUGGAGCGAGCGGAAACGCUGGUGGAAUUGUACAAGUCCGACAUGAUGCCGCACUUCCCAUUCAUUAUUGUACCUGCAGAAGCAACUGCCACCAACUUGCGACACGAAAGCCCAUUCUUGUUUUUGUCAAUAAUAUCCGUUGCUUCCUUUCACGACUUGGCAAUACAGGAGAAACUCAGCCAUCGGUUCAAAUACAUGGUCAGCGAGAAGGUGCUUCUGGGAGGUGACGACAGUUUGUCACUAGAGUACCUACAGGGCCUCCUGAUUGUGCUAGCAUGGAACCAAUAUCAUGGCCGGUCAAAAUACUACUCUCAGUAUCUCCAACUGGCAGUGUCGAUAGCAGUAGACAUGCGUCUCGAUCGUACACCCAUGCGCAAUAAACCCUCAAAUCCAGGGAGCAAACGCGACCCCAUAGCUAAUGCUGUGGGUACCGCGACCUGGGGAGCGGAGGAGCAGAGAGCCGCAGCCGGCAUAUUCUACAUUUCCUCCACAAUUUCAAAACUGUUCGACAAGAUGAAUACGUUUCCAUGUUCAACCUUUGUUGAAGAAGGAUGUCGUGCACUGAGGCAACGGGGCGAGUUUCAGACAGACAAGGACCUCUAUCAUAUCAUUCGUCUACAACGAAUAAUAGAAAACAUCGACACUGUAGCCGACCAGUCAUUAUCGGACGCCGAUGCCCAAGAAGCCUUUCUCCGAACACGAUCGGAGCUGGAGGAAUUUAGAAUGCACCUCCAUACCGACGUGUCUGAUAGCCAUUUACUUUUUAUGCAAUUCCAUACAGCGAAGUUAUUCUUAUACCAGGUCGCUUUCUUCGAGCGCUCAUUACAGCAUAACCCCGCUCUCCAUCUUAACACCCUCUGCGAGGGGCUUGAUUCCGCCAAGGCAUUCUUAGAUCUGUACCUAUGGCUACCACCAAAAUCCGAGAUGGCUUUGACCAAUUCCGAGUGGAUCCAACUUUCUUUCGGCGUAAAUUUGGCAGCUAAGUUCGCUAUCGUAAGCAAAUAUCCAAGCGUUGAACAGCAGACGCGAGAGCUCCGACGCAAUCUGAAUAUCGACAAUGUUUUCCGCCACCUGAGCCUUAGAAUAGGCGCAUUGGUUGGCCGAGCCUCAGACGGAAAUAAACAAAAGGACAUAUUUUAUCAUUACGAGCAAAGAGUGCGGAAAAUUCAGAAUUGGUACGAGCGUAUGGUGAAGGCGACUGGAAGCGACAGCCCCCUAAGCCAACAGGCGUCAGUUUCGCCACCAGCAACUGGAAACGUGCAAUCAAUACAAAUGCCAACACAACAGAUGGACGCAAACGCACAAUCACUAGGCGGCCAACAGUUAUCAUUGUCUUCUACAGGCUACGCACAACAGCAACCGAUGUCGUUUGCCAAUGGGAACAUGGCUGUUUCCGCAGCCAGCAUGGGUCUAACUCCUCUGAGCACGAGUCCAUUCUCCUCAAGCUACAGUCCUGUGCCAUCAAUCGCAUUCCCUGACCUCAUGAGUGCGCCCGGUUGGGACAUGCCAUUUACGAUUCCCAUGGACGACAAUGCAUGGGUUUUUGACGUGACCAGCGGGUAUCAAGGCAUGAACAUGGCGAGUCCGCCAAGUGACGGCACAUGGGGUAGUCCCAACGAUCUCUGAUCUGAUUUUCGUUCUUAAUUAUACAUUUUCUUUCGAAUUUUGUUGUACCUGGAAGAUAUCCGCACUUUACAUUUCACAUUAUUUUGAAAGGACACUUUGGGCUGGCGUUGGCGGAAAGAGAAGCUUCAAUCAAGCUCUGAUUUUUCACUGCUACAGGAGUUAUUACCCUUUUGCGAGGCUCAGGAGAUAUAUCCAGCACCUUUUCAAAAUUCUACAAUUCAUGCUUUUAAAGGCAUUGGCAAUUUUCAUCAACAU